AUGAUCUUCGGAGGGCUUCCAAAGGGCCUCGGCCUCGCCGCCAUCGCCGCUCUGGCCUUGUCACAGACGGCCGACGCUGCGAUCCAACCUCGACAGACCAACGAGGCGCUCCGCCCCUGGGUGACCGUCGCCGCCGACGGCACCUCCCAGACGAUCACGCCCACCAUCAAGGACGGCAAGACCACGUCCGCCUUUCCGGGCAGCACGACUACGCCAACGGCUGACGCGAAGGGCGCCGGGAGCUUUCUCCUGUGCAACCAGGCCGCCGGCUCCGGUGGCCUUGAUGAGCCCUUUUGCUCCCCCAAGGUAGACAGCGAGCUGGAGGGCGGGAGGACGUACUGGAUCACCUGGGACACCGCCCUCUUCCCCUCCCCAAAGACCAUGAUCCAGAUCCAGGGCGACUUUAACGCGACCGACACCAUCGAGCCCGGCCACGGCUUCACCUCGCUUCUGCUGCCCGCCUCUCAGGGUCACUUCGCCUGGGCCGCCGCAGGGUACAACAUGGCCCCCAACGAGGCGCUCGAGGUGCGUCUCUUCCUCGCCAUCACCGCCAACAACGGCACCAUCACCGGCCGCCACGGCGGACCCCGCGUGCGUGUCGUCAACCGGUCGCGCAAGGACUCCGGAGAGCGGGGCCGGGGCCGUCGCGGGCCCAACGUCCUCGCCAUUGUCCUUCCCCUCGUCUUGGGCGGGCUGGCGCUCGGCGGCAUCGGCUGGUUCGUGUGGUGGUACGGCCGGCGGCGCGGCAUGUUCAGCUCCCGCGGGCGGGGCUACGGUAUCGGCCAGAGCCGCAGCCAGCGGGCCGUCGACGCCAAGCUCGGCUUGGGCGGCGGCGCCUUCUCGUCGCCCGACCGCGGCGUCGAGAUGAUGCCGCCACCGCCGAAGCCGCCCACACUGUCUGGGGACAACGUGUUCCGCAAAGAGCUGAACAGACAGGAGAGAAACGAGCAGGCUCACCAGAACAUGGUGUGA